AUGAUCCAUCAAGCGAAUGUCUUGGGAAAGCGCUCGAACAGUGGAUUCAAGAAGGAAACCUGGGCGUGUGCGCUUGUCAACCUCAACAGUGUCCCCGGCUGCUCGUUCUCCAUGAUGCAGUUGGUGACAACACAAUUGAACUUGACUGUGGGUCUGUUGUUGAGCACAGUCUCGAGGUCGAUCAAGAUGGAGACGACGAAGAACCCCCCUUCAAAUGAAGCGCCGUCGAGUUUCGUUGGAUGUAUCUCUAUCAAAGCGGCUUCGUCAGUCUGCUGCUACGACAACGUCGAGAGCACUGUCGAGAUGGCGGUUGAAGUUCUCCAAGCCGAGUUCGAGUGUGUAUUCAAAGAGAACGACAUGCUCAAGGCUAUUGAAGUCCGAUUGGACAAUCCAACUGCCACACCCGCAGCGACCAAACACCCCGAUAAGCCACCACGCAAGGCAGCUUCCUCGAGAGCUGAUGCCUCGACCAAGCGUACUAUAUCCCAGAGAGUUCUAUGGACCAAAGAUGCGGUGGGCGACGGCAAAACCAGCAUGGAUGCUGUGAUUGCUUGGAUGUCUGUGGAGACAAACUACGUGCGCUGGAAAGGCGGCAACAAGCGCAGCGGUUCGACCAAGGCCUCUCUGGCCUCCGAGGUUGUGGAACGGCUCAAGAGCAACAGAAUCCACUAUCGUACGGCCAAGGACGGCAUCGUUGACGAAGACAGCAUCCAAAAGGAGGUACAACGGCUUUGUCCAUACUACUAUGUGCUGGACGAAGUGAUGCGUGAUCGUGCGUCGACGGCACCACUCGUAACAAGUGACAACCUGCAAGACGGUAAUUCGAGCGAUAAAGACGUUCCUCCGACUCCAGUCAGUGCGCCCAAUUCAGCCAAGAAGAGGACGGCGGCAGCGGCGAAGAUGGACGACUGGAGCGAGAUCAGUGCGCGUGCUUAUGCGCUGAAGUAG